AUGUUGGGCCUCCUUCUACUCUGGGCCAGCCUCUCAAUGGCUUGUGUGUUCUUUGUGGGAGCUCCACUGUGGGUGUUCUUCAAGAAUUUUAUCCCAAUGAAAAUCCCGGCAGGCAUCAGCCACCCCAAGAAGCUUCUUCUUUUCUACUGCACCUAUGAACUGGUGUUUACAUGGGGUAAGAUUUUGGAGAAGAUGAACAUCUGUUCCAUGGGCAAGUUUGUCCGUUUUUUACAUGACCUGGCGCCCCUGAGGAAGGACCCAGAUGUGGUGGUCACAGACCUGCGCUUUGGGACAAUCCCUGUGAAGGUGUACCAGCCCAGAAAUUCCUGCAGCACCCUCAGGACUGGCAUCUUGUACUACCAUGGAGGUGGAGCCUUGGUGGGGAGCCUGAAAACCUACCAUGCCAUCUGCCUUAAUUUGUGCAAGGAAAGUGACUCAGUGGUCCUAUCCAUUGGAUACCGCAAGAUGCCUGACUGUAAGUAUCCAGUAAUAUUCACUGAUUGCAUGGCAGCCACCGUCCAAUUUCUGAAGUCUCUGAGUUCAUUUGGGGUGGAUCCAGCACGUGUGGUGGUAGGAGGUGACAGCAUUGGAGGGUCAGUGGCUGUGGUAAUGUGUCAACAGCUUUUGAAGAGUCCCCACCUUCCAAAGAUCCGUGCACAAAUGGUCAUCUAUGCCGGUCUUCAAUGCCUUGAUUUCCAGUCACCAGCCAAUCAGCAGAACAACGUCCCAUUUGUGACUAGGAGUUUUACCCUCCAAUAUUUAAUGGCCUAUUUGAAUAUCGAUCCCUCCUGGAAAAGAGACAUGAUCACAGGUGCCAAUAUGCCCCCUCAAAUCAGGGAGAAGUACAGGAAGUGGUUGGGCCAUGAGAACAUCCCCGAGAGAUUCAAGCAGAAGGGUUACUGCCAGAAGCCUGCACCACCCCUGAAUGAUUUGGCAUAUCAGGAGACCCGCAUUGUGCUGGAGCUCAACAUGUCCCCACUGUUGGAAGAGGAUGAAGUAAUGUCUCAGAUGCCCGAAGCUUUCAUUGUGAGCUGUGAGUAUGAUUAUUUCCGAGACCACUCGCUGCUGUACAAGAAGAGGCUAGAGGACUUAGGUAUCCCAGUGACAUGGUUUCACGUGGAGGAUGGUUUCCAUGGAGCACUCGCCGUGAUUGACAUUCCCUUCUUGUACUUUCCAUGCUCUCGGAGAAUUAUGAAUGCCAUGGUUAAUUUUAUCAAGAGAUUGUGA